UCCUUCUUCUCCUUUCUUACGCAGCAGUCGCUGUAGUAUAUAUAUAUGUUCUUGGUCCGCCGCAGCCGCACAUUAGAGAUUUUUCCGCUCGUCGCCAGAGAUCAACAUGCCGGUCCUGCUGUACAACCUUGAGGGCAGCCCACAUUGCAGCUUCAUUCGGUGCUUGGCGAAAGAGAUUGGCGUUCAGCUGAGCAUCAAAGAAAUCAAUUGCGCCAAAGGAGAACACCGCUCUGCGGAGUUCAUCAAGAAAAACCCUUUCCACAAGGUGCCUACGAUUGACGACGGUGGCCUCAUCGUGUACGAGAGCAAUGCCAUUGCCUACUAUCUCCUUCGGAAGUAUGCUCCCGAGUCACAGCUCUACCCUAACUGCAUCAAGACACGCGCUCGCAUCGACCAGGUGCUUGCAGCAGCCAAUGGCAACAUUAGCCCUAUCCUAGGGACCUAUCUCGCGGCUCGAUGCUUGAAACGUACCAAACCUAGUGCAGAUGAGGUGAAGGAGUGCGAAGAAAAAGUACUCAAGUGUCUUGAGCACCUACUUGGAGAAAGCAAGUUCGCCGCCGGUGACAAGAUCACGCUUGCUGACCUCUGCCUGAUCGGUCACGUCGCUGUCUAUCGUCGAGCUUCCAUGCGUCAACAGAGCCAAAUACCCAAAGCUUGCCGCGUACUACGAUCGUGUGAAGGGCGCAUUGCCCUAUUUUAAUGAAGUUUUCGGCCCAGCCAUUACUCAAGCCAAGAAGCUGUGGGACAUGGUGCACUAGACAUGCCUCAAUUCUGCUUUCGAAAUGAGGGCGCAAAGUGUUUGACGCGUUGCUUGAAUAAAAAUAUACUUCUUCUUUGAAAUAUUUAUAUUGA